AUGGAUACUACCCCCCCCUUCUUCUUUGGCAUCACUACGCCAAAGGUCUUCUUCGGACCGGGCACGAUCAACGAGUUGAGUGGCGAGCUUCAAUCCCGAGGCCUCUCUAAGCCUCUCAUCAUCUGUUCGCCGUCCCGUGUCUCUCUGGCCCACAGAAUCCGGGACAACCUGAGCAAGGCAGGACUCUCAGACAUUGAGAUCCUUGACACGGCCAAGGUCCACAACCCCAGCGACAUCAUCGGGCCCGCCGUGAACCGCGCCAAGGACCGAGAUGUGCUCGUCUCGGUCGGAGGCGGCAGCGCAGUCGGCCUUGGCAAGGCGAUCGCGCUUCGUACGGGAAUGCCGCAGGUGGCCAUCCCUACGACGUAUUCCGGUUCUGAGAUGACACCCAUUAUCGGUGAGACCAAGGACGGUAAGAAGACGUCGACGACGGACCCCAAAAUCUUGCCCAAGGUGGUCAUCUACGACGUCGACUUGACCAUGGACCUGCCCGUCAAAGUCAGUGCCCCGAGCGGCAUCAACGCCAUGGCGCAUUCGUUCGAAGCGUUGUAUUCGCGGCAGGCCAGCCCGCUGACGGACCACUUUGCUCUGGAGUCCAUCAAGGCGCUGUCCAGCGCCUUGCCCGUCAUCGUCACCAACCCGGCGUCGGUCGAGGCGCGCACGUCGGCGCUCUACGGCGCAUUCCUGGCUGGCAUGUUGGCAACGGCAACAGGCAUCGCGUUGCAGCAUAAGCUGGCCCACGCGGCGGGCGGCUCGCUGAACCUCCCCCACGCCGAGACGCACUCCAUUCUGCUCCCCCACAGCAUCGCCUAUAAUGCGCAGUGCUUCUCCGAGCAGAUCAUGACGAGGCUGUCCUCCGCCCUCGUGCAAAGCACCGGGAACUCGGCCGAAGGCAUCGUGGCCGGCCUUAACGAGCUGCUCCGGCUCCUGGAGAUACCAAGCGGACUCAAGGAUCUCGGGAUGAAAGAAACGGACAUUGAUCGCGUCGCAGACGUUGCUUCGGACACGCCUUACUGGAACCCUCGGCCCCUUGAAAAGCCCAAGAUCCGUGAAAUCGUUCGAAGAGCGUGGGCCGGGGAGCGAGCUAGGGCCGACCUGUAA